UGGGUGCCCAGACGACACCAUAAUGUCGUCUUCUCCGAUCUCGUCAGAGACGACGGCUGUAUCCAAAGAAAUCGAUCCAAAUUACGUAUUAAUGGUUGCUGAUUUCUUCAAAGCUAUUUCCCCAGACUCCUCUUGCAACGAUUUCACCUCUUUCGAUUCUUUCUCCGUCUUAUUUCAAAGCAACACCAGAGCUCUCUCCAUCUCACGUGGCCGUGUCUCGUGCUCCGUCAUCGUCACGCCAGGCAUAGCCAAUUUCUUUAAUGGGUUACAUGGAGGAGCAGUGGCAUCAAUUGCAGAGAGAGUAGCGAUGGCUUGUGUCAAAACUGUUGUGUCUGAAGACAAACAUUUGUUCCUUGGUGAAUUGAGUAUGUCUUAUCUCUCUUCUGCUCCUAUUUCGAGUGAAUUGGUGGUGGAGGGAUCGGUGGUGAGGACUGGGAGGAAUCUGUCGGUUGUGACUAUUGAGUUCAAGAUCAAGGAGACCAUGAAAGUCACUUACCUAUCUCGUGCUACAUUUUACCAUUCUCUCAUCUCAAAGCUUUAAGCUUUUUGACAUGCUCAGAGAUCUUCAAAUCAGAGCUUUUGUUGAUUCUUUUUACAUUCUUCUAUUCAAUAAAACAAGAUUCUGUAUACAGAUUAGUCUUGAGAUAUAUAAUAAGCAUUACUUACUUUC